CCCUGUCUCACUGCGCACAGCUUGACUAAAUUUAAUCGCUCUUGGGCACUAGUUGCGGUAUUACCUGUUUUGUUUGAGAUCCUGCAGCAACAAAAAUGACGAAGAGCCGUGUCUAUGUCGUCGGAGUGGGCAUGACCAAGUUUGAGAAGCCCGGUCGCCGAGCGGAUGUUUGCUACCCCGACUUCGCCAAGGAGGCUGUCACGAAAGCUCUCCAGGAUGCGGGCAUCAAGUACGAGGAAGUGCAGCAGGCGGUGGCGGGCUACGUGUACGGAGACUCCACCUGCGGACAGCGGGCGAUCUACGAGGUGGGAAUGACCGGCAUUCCGGUGUACAAUGUGAACAACAACUGCUCCACGGGAUCGAGUGCUCUGUAUCUGGCCAAGCAGAUCGUCGAGAGCGGAAACGCCGAUUGCGUCCUGGCUUUAGGAUUCGAGAAGAUGGAACGUGGAUCUUUGUCCUCAAAGUACUUUGAUCGCGCCAAUCCCAUGGAGCGUCACAUCAGUGAGAUGAGUGAGCUGACCGAGAUCGGAGCUGGACCCAUGGCCGCCCAGAUCUUCGGCAACGCUGGCAAGGAGCACAUGCAGAAAUACGGCACCAAGCCCGAGCAUUUCGGCAAGAUCGCCUGGAAGAACCACAAACACUCGGUCAAUAAUCCCUACUCGCAGUUCCGCGAUGAGUACACUCUGGAUCAGAUUAUGAAGUCGCCCCAGGUGGUGGAGGGCGUGCUGACCAAGCUGCAGUGCUGUCCCACUUCCGAUGGAUCUGGAGCUGCAAUUCUAGCCUCCGAGGCCUUCGUCCGCCGUCAUGGACUGGAGAAGCAGGCUGUGGAGAUUGUGGGCAUGGAGAUGGCCAGUGAUCCGGCCUCCACCUUCGCCGACAAGAGCUUGAUGAAGAUCGCCGGAACUGAUAUGACCCGUUUGGCCACUCAGCGUCUGUUCGCCAAGAGCGGCUACAAACCGCAGGAUGUGCAGGUGGUGGAAUUGCACGACUGCUUCUCGGCCAACGAACUGGUCACCUACGAGGCACUUGGACUGUGUGGAGAGGGCAAGGCCGGCGAGUUCAUCGACGCCGGAGACAAUACCUACGGAGGAAAGUUCGUGGUGAACCCCAGUGGUGGUCUGAUCUCCAAGGGACAUCCCCUGGGAGCCACUGGACUGGCUCAAUGUGCCGAGCUCUGCUGGCAGCUCCGUGGAUUGGCUGAGAAGCGCCAGGUGCCCAAUGCCCAGUUGGCUCUGCAGCACAAUCUUGGUUUGGGAGGAGCUGUGGUGGUGGCUCUGUAUAGGCUGGGCUUCCCCGCUGCCAAUAAUGUGAUUCGCAACCUGACUGCUGCCGGAAAGGCUGCAACCAGCGAAGAUGGCUUCAAGGUUGCUCCGUUGCUGAAAAUUCUCGAGCAGGCCAUGCAGGAGGACAAGGACAACCUUAUCGAGAAGGUGCGCGCCAUCUACGGAUUUAAGGUGAACAACGGACCCAAUGGCCAGACCGGAUUCUGGGUAAUUGAUGCCAAGCAAGGCAAGGGAAAGAUCAUAUUUAAUGGAACACAAAAGUGUGAUGUUACCUUCAUCAUCAGCGACGAGGAUGUCUUUGAGCUACUGACAGGAAAGCUGCCACCGCAAAAGGCCUUCUUUCAGGGCAAGAUUAAGAUCCAGGGCAACAUGGGCUUUGCCAUGAAGCUGAUGGACCUUCAGCGAUCCGCUCAAGGAAGAAUCGAGGAGCUGCGCUCCAAGCUCUAAGCAUCUCGAUGA